AUGCCUGAAAAGAAACACCUGAUGAAUGGCUAUGAAGCUGUGAAGAAACCGAUGACAGAGACGACGCGCGAGUGCUUUCUGACUCGUCUGUUCUUCAGGACCAUUUACGGUAGUCGUGACUGGUUAUACCAAUUGAAAGGAGUAGAUGUCACCGCACGUAGCGGUGGUCGCCGCGUCUGGCUGCUUUUUAUCUUCUUGACCGUGUUCGGUCUGGUGCUGCUCCUUGCGCAGCAGUUGUCAUUGGUAUCACGGACAUGGUUCUUCACGUACGCGUUGUCCAGCCACCAGUUCAACACUACGAUAGUGACCACAAACGACACUGCUUCCAAAAUGGCUCCCGUCAACGGAUCAUGUGCCGAACCUUCUACAGAGAUCGGGUAUCGAAUCGAUGCCCAUACCAGCCAUCCGCCUACUUUCGCUGAACUUGAGAAACAGUUCAAUAUGUUGGAUGCCGGAGGUCGUUUUACACCACGUUCUUGCAUGCCAGUGCAUACCGUGGCUAUUGUUGUGCCGUAUCGAGACAGAGAGUCUCAUUUGCGAUCGUUUCUACAAAACAUUCACCCGUUUCUCAUGAACCAAAGCUUGGACUACGGAAUAUUCAUCGUUGAGCCGAUCGAGAAUGAGACGUUCAACCGCGGCAAGCUGAUGAACGUUGGUUUCGUAGAAGCUAAGAAGAUGUUCAACUGGAGCUGCGUCAUUUUUCAUGACAUUGACCUUAUUCCAGAAGAUUCACGCAACGCCUAUACGUGCAACAGCGCGCCUCAUCACUUCUCGGUUGCUGUCGAUAAAUUGAACUACAGGUAAAG